AUGUAUGCUGCCUCUUUCCUAGGUCAAGGUAUCUUUAACUGUGACAGCUUCCUGGGCCUGAUGGCGCUGUACCACCAGAGAACCAAGAACCAGGACGCAGAACUAAGAGCUGCUUUUAAAGUGUUCGACAAAGAGGCAAAGGGAUUCAUUGACUGGAACACACUCAAAUAUGUGCUGAUGAACGCAGGAGAACCACUUAAUGAGACGGAGGCUGAGCAGAUGAUGAAGGAGGCGGAUAAAGAUGGAGAUGGAACCAUUGAUUAUGAAGAAUUUGUGGCCAUGAUGACUGGUGACUUGUUUAAAAUGAGCUGA